UGCUGCGAAGGCGGUGGCGGCGGGCGCUACGUGGGCUAUGCGGCUGGGUCCGCGGCUUGGGGGCGCCGCGGCGCUGCGACUGCUGCUGGCGGCCCACGUGGUGGCGGCAUUCGAGCCUAUCACGGUGGGCAUCGCCAUCGGGGCGGCGUCGGCGCUCACCGGCUACCUGUCUUACAAGGACCUGUACUGCCGCUUCGCCGAGUGCUGCCGCAGCGAGCGGCCGCUCAACGCGUCGGCCCUGAAGCAGGACUUGGAGGAGAAGCUGUUUGGGCAGCAUCUGGCCACAGAGGUGAUUCUCAAGGCGCUGACCGGCUUCAAGAACAACAAAAAUCCGAAGAAACCACUGACUCUCUCCUUACACGGCUGGGCUGGCACAGGCAAGAAUUUUGUCAGCCAAAUUGUGGCUGAAAAUCUUCACCCCAAAGGCCUGAAGAGCAACUUUGUCCACCUGUUUGUGUCGACCCUGCACUUCCCUCAUGAGCAGCACAUAAAACUGUAUCAGGACCAGUUACAGAGGUGGAUCCGGGGUAACGUGAGUGCAUGUGCGGGCUCCGUGUUCAUAUUUGACGAGAUGGAUAAGUUGCACCCGGGAGUCAUUGACGCAAUCAAGCCGUUCCUAGAUUACUACGAGCAGAUUGAUGGUGUAUCUUACCGGAAGGCCAUCUUCAUCUUUCUCAGCAACGCAGGCGGAGACCUCAUAACUAAGACGGCCCUUGACUUCUGGCGGGCCGGGAGGAAGAGAGAGGACAUCCAGCUGAGGGACCUGGAGGCGGUGCUGUCUGUCGGGGUCUUCAAUAACAAACACAAACGCGUUCACCAAGAUGAAGUAUUCUCAGGUAACAUUGGUGGCACCUUCUGGCACAGAUUGUCCAGUGGGAGAACCCAGGCCGAGCACACGGCUGGGUGAACCAUCUGCUUGUGGGGUGGGGGCUCCGUGCCAGGCCCCUGCGGCCCUGCAGAACGGGCAGGACCUCCUUCUGUCCGUGGCUUUGCUGCUGUUUCCAACCCUCGUCAUGGGAUUCCAUCUCCAACCCUCACUUGGUGUUGACUGCAGCCUUUCUGGUACUACUGCUCCUCCUGAAUUUCAGCCAUGGCUCCGGGUCCCACCAGCCAUCUCAUCUCUAGAGAUGGAUCACAACGCAGCCGUUGGCUUUGAGUUUGAGUCCUUGGUUCCCAUGGUGGAAUGUUUGUUACAGUUUACAUGUCGGUCAGCUUUUCACUUGACUCCACAGAACCAUUUGAAAUCUGCAGAACCCCAUCUUUCCACAGAGGACACGUGCCAACUGGACGAUCAGCUUGCAUUGCCAAAGGGAAAGUAUUGUACACUAGAAAUGCUUGAGUUUUCAAGGAUAUGGCUGUUUUUAAUAAUGUUUUUACUCGGGAAUCUUAGAUAAUAGAGAAAUGAAACAUUGCUUAUUUUAAAACAUGGGAAGCGAUAAUUGCCUGUUCCUUUAUCAGAUGCUCUUAAAACAGACGGUCUUGGCUGGUCCUGGGUGUCAUCUAAGAAUGACGUCCUUUAUGGUGGUGGUGCCAGGCUGCACUGCCCUGGCCUUGGGGAAAUAAGACUUUGAUUCCAGCCAGUGUGAAUCGCUCUAUCUUGUGGUUGCAGUGCAACUGAAGACACGUAAUGAGAACAUGCAGCUUUUAUAUAUAUAUAAGAUGUGGCAGAAUGAAUGUUCCUACAGCAUGGCCAUGCCUUAUAGAGCAUCACACUUAGUCUUUUAAUGUCAAGGUGAGGCUUGAAACUUUUAGUACAUGUCCUCAAGUUGGAUCUAAGUUAAAUUUCUUUUAUAACCUUUUGGGUUUCUGGUCAGGAGGAGAUAAGAUUUCUUGUUUACAAUGAUGCAAUAAACUCGAGAUGUGUUGGCUA